UGUUCUAAAAAUAACUUUCAAGCUUACUUUGCAAACUAAUCAGAAAUUGAAAUGUGAAAUACUUUUUCCAGAAAAAAAUGAAAUUUGUCAUGACUACAUUUUUGGAUGUUGCUUUAAAGGAGAUAAAUGUAUGGGCAUCCAUUCUUCUAUGCCAUAUCAAUGGGAGGUGGAGAAUGGAUGUGGCUGGUCACGUAUCCCAGAUAAUGAGGGCAUUGAGAGAGACUACUGUGACCCAGCAAAGACAGAGAGCCAUGGAAUACCACCGGUGAAUUUUAUCCUCAUGAUCCACGGUCACAGCAAAGUUCGGCGACUUGCUACGGUUUCCUCCCUGGACCAACCAGAAGCUGUCCUUGCUACCAAGUGGGCUUGGUACUGGGAAGAAGAGGAUGAAUGCUGGAAUGCAUUUUGGUCAUCAACUAUGGAGGACCUAGAGAGGGUGUACAGUGAUCCCUCUCUUGGCUCAGUGUUUGAGUUCACUGCUGGACGACACACCUAUGAAGUCAAUUUGGAAGACAUGAUCCAGAGUAACAAGAGCUCACACACCCAAAGAUGGGUCAGAAGACGGCCGAUCUUCAACUCUGCCAUAGAUGUUCAGAGAGCAAUUUGCACAUCCAAUACCAACACUUCGAUUGUGCCACCUUUCUGGGACCAGUCUCGAUUGCCUGGGAUCGGCUUUGAGAGAGUUAUGUUGUCAAGCUCAACAGGUGAACACGAAGACAUCAAGGCCCUUUUUGAGAAAACUGUGGUGGGGUUUCAAAUACACACCAUUGAGAGAGUACAAAACCCAGCCCUAUGGAAGUUCUACAUGCUACAAAGAGAUCAAAUGAAAUCUUCCUUGACAAGCAUCAAUGAGAAGCAGCUUUUCCAUGGUACUGACUCCAAAUACUUUGACAGUAUUUGCAGAGACAACUUUGACUGGAGAAUAUGUGGAAAGAAUGGAACUUCCUACGGAAAAGGAAGUUACUUUGCUAGGGAUGCUAAGUACUCACACGCAUACACCAGCCAGUCAGGAUUGAGGUCCAUGUUUGUUUGUCAGGUGCUGGUGGGAGACUACACUGUGGGAAACUCCAGAUAUGAGAAACCACCUCCUAAAGAAACCGGAGGAUCCAGCUUCUAUGACAGCUGUGUGGACAACAUUCAAGACCCCAGAGUGUUUGUAGUUUUUGAAACGCAUCAGGUUUACCCCGAGUACCUCAUACAGUACAGUGAUGGUAGCACUCAGCAAAACCCUGCUCCCCAGCCUGGCCCUGCUCCUCCACCAAACCCUGCUCCCCAGCCUGGCCUUGCUCCUCCACCAAACCCUGCUCCCCAGCCAAAUCCCUCUGAUUCAGAUGAACCUGAAUUUAAUUGUUGUGUUCAGUGCUUGAUAAGGACUUUCCGUUGGCCAUUAUACAUUUGUGUUCGCUGCUGUGAUGAUUGACCAGGCCUUAGUGAAUACAGUGGGAGGGGGGGGGGUCGAGGGAUUUUACAAAACACUCCUAGUUUGUGUCAUCUGCCGUCAAACUGAUUGUCUUCAUUUGAAAAUGUAGUUAUUGUCAUUUGUAACA